GGAACCACCACCCACCACUCUUCUUCUCUCCUCUCGUUUGGAGGUUUCGAACGUGCCCAAAUGGGAAGCGGACGUGUCCAACUUCGACACCCAUCGCUGGGAACAAAACCAAUCCCGCUCCAGACCAGAGAAAAAAGACGAAAAGGAAAACGCAGAGCCACGCAGACCCAAGAUUCCGCUGAGUCCCCAUCGCCCACCAUCUGGAAGCCGCGAAGAUUUCUCGUAGACUCUCUGGCUCCUUCGUCCCACUUUCUCUCCCCUCUCUUUCGUCAUCUCUGACUCUGACCCAACAAAAUUCUUAUUCAAAUUCCACACGGCCUCGAUGCCCGUGAUGUAAAAACUUGCAGGCGCCGCCACCCUCACAAGGGUAACCCCUGCUUUUUCCGCGCUGACCGUUGAUCGCCUCUUCUCUCGCUUCCGUGGCGAAAAAGGUGAAGCCUUUCGAGGGGGAGGAGUAGAGGUGAGGGAGAGAGGGAGUGGGCAGAGCGGCGAUGGGGAAGCCGGUGAGGUUCGAGGAGGUGGGGCCGGAGGUGCGGAAGAUUCUGGACGCGCACAUGGACGAGGCGCCGGCGAGGAGGCGAGCCCGCGACGCCUUUAAGGAUGUCCAGCUCGGGAUCGAUCACAUUCUCUUCAAGACACCAGACGAAGGGUUGAAAAUAGAGGAGAAAUACGAGGUGAAUUCCAGAGGAGUGGAGAUCUUCACAAAAAGUUGGCUUCCAGGCACAUCUCAGCUCAAAGCAGUUGUUUGCUAUUGCCAUGGUUAUGGAGACACCUGCACUUUUUUCUUUGAAGGAAUUGCGAGGAAAUUGGCAUCAGAAGGAUAUGGUGUAUUUGCCAUGGAUUACCCUGGAUUUGGCCUUUCAGAAGGUCUUCACUGCUACAUUCCAAGCUUUGACAGGAUAGUUGAUGAUGUAAUUGAACAUUUCUCCAAAGUUAAAGCGAACCCAGAUUACCGUACUCUUCCAAGCUUCCUCUUUGGGCAGUCUAUGGGUGGGGCUGUUGUCCUGAAGGUGCACUUAAAACAGCCUAAUGCCUGGGAUGGGGCUGUUCUUGUUGCACCCAUGUGCAAAAUUGCAGAUGAUAUUGUCCCUCCGUGGCUAGUCACUCAGAUCCUAAUUGGUGUAGCCAAGUUUCUACCAAAGCAGAAGUUAGUUCCAGAGAAGGAUUUAGCUGAAGCAGCUUUUAGGGAACCAAAGAAGAGAGAACAGACUGCCUAUAAUGUCAUUGCCUACAGACACAAACCACGCCUAGGGACUGCUUUAGAGAUGCUAAGGACUACCCAAGACAUAGAGCGCCGGUUGCAAGAGGUCUCGCUUCCGCUGCUGAUUCUGCAUGGAGAGGCCGAUCGAGUAACUGAUCCAUCGGUGAGCAAGGCCCUGUACGAGAAGGCUAGCAGUAAGGACAAAAAGCUCAUCAUGUAUCCUGAUGCUUAUCAUGCUCUUCUCGAGGGCGAACCUGAUGAAACGAUUCUUCGUGUUCUCGAUGAUAUCAUCUCCUGGCUCGACGAGCACAGCUUGAAAAGUACCCCAUGACGACAGACUUGUAUGCCAUGUAACGAUAAAUCCACAUUGAUUCAUUGAGGUAUCUAAUAAUAUUGUGUCCUGGAGUAAAACUUUGGGUGUCGAUGCAUCCAACUUCCGCCUUUAGUCCGGGGUUUUGACGACUCUGCACUUGCUAGUUGUACAGUUGAUCGUAUUGACUGAUGAAUAAAAAGUGUGUAACUUUGCUAA